AUUUGACUACGUGAAUUAAGAUUUAGAAAGUAAAGAAAGGCUUAUGUUAUUUAAUGUACGUUUCUUUUAAAAAGCUUUAUAUUUAAUUAUAAUUUUCUUUAAAAGAAUAUUAAUUUAAUUGAAGAAUAUUUUGUACCAGCCCGUAUAUCAUGGCUACUGAUUUGGAGUGUAAUUGUAAUAUUGAAAAUUUAUUAAAAACAAGUUUUAACUCAAGACCAUAUAAUGAACAAGAAAAAAUUAUUAAAAGUGAAAGACCAAAACCUAAAUUAAAUAUAAAUACUUCAACAAAAAAAUUUGUUCGACAUUUUCACGAUAAAAUUUAUGAAGAUACAAAAUGGCUCUGUGGAUGCAUAAAAAUGCAAAAAUUGUUUUGUUGGCCUUGCCUACUAUUUUCACAUGAAAGUAAUGUGUGGAAUAAGCAUGGUUUUGACGAUUUAAAUAAUUUGUGUAAAGCUCGCAAAAGACACGAACAUCGUAAAUCUCAUAUAGACUCUUUCAUAAAAUUGAAGAAAUUUGGAAAUCAAAGCAGAAUAGAAUUUAACAUUAGUAAUCAAUAUAAAACAAACAUUGAAAAUUAUAACAAGGUAGUUACGGCUAAUAGAUACAUUAUACAAGAAUUGGCAUUUAGGGAAUCUAUCAAAUCUAAUAACAGAGGUAAUUAUAUUGAACUUGUUUAUUUAUUAGGUAUGUUGGAUAAUCAAUUAAAAGUACAUUUAGAAAAGUCUAUGGUUUUUAAUAGCUUAUCAAACAAAAUUCAAAAUGAUCUUGUUGAAUCAAUAGGAAACAUUUUAUUGCAAGAAAUUAAAAAGGAAAUUGAAAAUGCAAAAUUUGUUGCUAUAAUUGUAGAUGAAACAACUGAUAUUGGUGACGGAGCUCUGAUGUCGACUGUAUUUCGUUACGUGAAAGAAAAUGGUAACGUUGUUGAAAGAUUUGUCGGCUUUACUGAUGUGAGUGAGAAUAGAGAUGCAAAUUCAUUAUUUACUCACAUUAAGAGUUACUUAGAUGAAUUUCAAUGCACUGAAAAAUUAGUGGCACAAACAUACGACGGUGCUGCCGUACUGGCCAGACAACAUAAUGGAGUCCAAGCAGCAAUUAAAGAAAUAUCAAAACAAGCUAUUUUCGUACACUAUUAUGCUCACAGAUUGGACCUAGUUUUCUCUCAAUCUGUUGGAUAUAUAAAAGAAUGUAAAAUAUUUUUUCAAACUAUAACAGGAUUUUCUUCAUUUUUUUCUAAAUCUUCUAAAAGAUCUCAUGCUUUAGAGCUAGAAGUCAAAAAACGUUUUCCUUCAGCCACACCUAUUAGAUGGAAUUGCAAUAGCCAGAUUGUGAACUGCAUUGUGAAGUAUAAACAAGAAUUAAAACUUUUGUUGUCAAACAUGAUUGAAAGUCCAGAACAAUGGGAUUCUGACACUACAAUUGCUGCAAGAGGAUUAUACCAUUAUUUAAUAGAUUUUGAUUUCCACUUUUUAUUACUAGUUUUUCAUCAGAUAUUUGCACAGUCAGAUAUACUAUUUGAUAUAUUACAAGAAAAGAAUUUUAAUAUAGCAUAUUGUAUUACUAGAAUAAAUCAGUUUAUUGACUUUUUACAAAAGUAUAGAAAUGAUUUUGAUUUGAUUUGGGAUGCUUUGGAAGAUGAAAAAUUUUUAGAAAUUCAACUAGCAAAACGAAUGAGAUAUACUGAUACUGAGUCUAAAAAGGAGUUAUAUAAACGUCUGUUUUAUGAAAUAAUGAAUAUAUUGAUACAAAAUUGUAUUGACAGAUUUUCAGACAUAAAAUCAUUAACAUUUUUAUCACUUUUAGAUGUUAAUAAUUUUAAAUCUUAUGUAAAACAAUUUUCCGAAGCAAGUUUUAAUUCUUUAAGUAAAGUGUAUGGAGAAUUUUUUGAUUUAUCUAAAUUACGUAGUGAAUUGCGAUAUUUAUAUUCAUGUCCAGACUAUAUUGGCAAGUCACUCCUAGACAUAAAAAAUAUUAUAAUUAAUGAUAAUCUGAACAAAGAUGUACUAAAAGAAUUAUAUGAUUUAAUAUCGUUAGUUUUUACAGUACCAUCUACGAGUGCAUUUGUUGAGUGCAGUUUUUUAACCAUGAAGCGAAUUCAUACAUUUGCAAGGAACAUUCAGUCAGAGGAAAGAUUGUCAUCACUAGCAUUGCUUUCGAUAGAAAAAGAGCUUUUAAAUACUUUGAAGGAAACAACGACAAACAAUUUUUAUGAUAAAGUAAUUAACGACUUUGCAGAAAAAAAUCACCAAAUAGAGUUAGUUUAUAAAAAAUAACAAAAACAAGUUUUUAUAUCUUUGUUUCAUGUCAAU